AUGCCCUCUGACAGUACACCGGUCGUCAGGCUGCUACACUUCAACGAUGUCUAUCGCCUCGAGCCUUCGGAACACGAUCCAAUUGGGGGUGUCACUCGCUUCCAGAGCCUGUGCAACUACUAUCGACAUCAUUCGAGAUAUCAUGGGCAAGCGGAGCUCAUCACGCUCUUUUCGGGAGACGGGUUCGGUCCGAGCCUCGAGAGCAGUGUAACCAAAGGUGCUCACAUGGUUCCGAUCCUGAACAAUGUUCCAGUCGCUGCUGCCUGUGUGGGCAACCAUGAACUGGAUAUGGGCGUUGCUCAAUUUGAGUAUCUCGCAGCUCAAUGCAACUUCCCUUGGCUACUAGCCAAUGUCACAGACCCAGCGCUGGGUGAAGACAUUCCUCUAGGACACGCACAAAAGUCCAUAAUGCUCACGUCGUCGACUGGGGUCAAGAUCGGAAUCAUUGGACUCGCUGAAAAGGAAUGGCUCGAAGCUGUCAACUCUCUCCCCGCCAAUCUAGCCCACAUUGACCCCGUCGUAACAGCACGCAAGCUGAUACCAGAACUUCGAGCCCAGGGAGCAGAGAUGAUCAUUGCACUGUGUCAUCAAAGAGAGGUCCAUGACAAAAGGCUGGCUGAGGAAGUGCCAGAAAUUGACAUCAUACUUUCUGGUCAUGAUCACCAUUAUCGCCAUUCAAAAGUACAUAACACCCACGUCUUGUGCUCUGGUAGUGAUUACAAGCAGCUCAGCUAUAUCGAAGCGUCAAGAGAUGCUACCGUUGAGCUGCUCGAUAAGCUGUUUUCGUCGCUCCAGAACAAACUGCAGAAAGUAGUCGGCUAUACCGCUGUGCCACUCGAUUGUCGUUUCAGCACUGUCAGGAGCCAGGAAUCGAACAUGGGCAAUUUUGCUUCAGACUUGAUGCGCUACUAUUACGGUACAGAUUGUGCAAUGAUUGUUGGAGGUACAGUCAGAGCCGACAUUGUCUAUCCUCCAGGCAUUCUGCGACUCAAAGAUAUCGUGGACUGCUUUCCGUUUGAAGAUCCUGUUGUUGUGAUUAAGGUCAAAGGUCAGCAAUUACUCGAAGCACUGCAAAAUGGUGUGUCCAAGUAUCCUGCUCUGGAUGGCCGCUUUCCGCAGGUUUCCAACAUCAGCUUCACGUUUGAUCCGUCACGAAGCAGUCAUAAUCGAAUUGUUGCAGUACAGAUUGGAGGAGAGCCACUUGAUGUCAAUCGAGAAUACUCUCUAGCAACCCGGGAUUUCAUGGUGAAGGGCGGAGAUGGCUAUACUUGCUUUCGUACACAGUCCAAGGGAGGAUCUGCUAUCUCUGUCGUAGAUGAAGAAAAUGGCAUACUCCUGUCAAUGCUACUACGACAACACUUCUUGUCAUCAUUGACAGUCGGACGCUGGAAACACUGGGGUGCAGCACUUGGCCAGCAUUGGGGUACAGUGCAUGAGCAUCUCCGACGCACAGGCUCGGUGGUCGAGCGUACGGAUACCAACCAUACUUUCAGGAGAGACAGCAGUGAUGCGUCGGCCCGAAGAGCCAGUGUCGAUAUUUCAUCUGGCAGAAGAAAGAGUAGCGCUAUCUGGGACAGACCGCCAGUGAGAAUCAUUGAGCCAGCUGAGAUGGAUCUCAGCGAAUCAGAAGACGGAUCUGAGGUGACUGCUCCGGUGCUGCCCAGAGAGCUAUCGCCGGAAGAACACGAGCUGGUGGUGGCAAGGAAGGCUAUGCGAAAGUGGUGGAGACUAGCUGGGUUGAACAAACGACAUGCGAUGGGCUACGAAGCAGGCGAGGAACUGGGAGUUGGCUGGACAAGAGGCAUUUCUCCACAACUGGAGGGACGCAUCAAGGUGGUCUUGGGUGUGCUUUGA